CUCCCUGGCAGCCUUGUUAUUAACCUCCACUCGGGGUCAUCCAGGCUGUUUGGUGUGGUGAAAAUGUCUCCGCUGCUGCUCAGGGCCUUCGUGAACGAGCGGCUCACCGCUGUGGUCGCAGAAAUCUUGGAGGUUUUCGAAGGAGCCAUCGCUAAAUACGAAGAAGAAGCGUCCAGCUCCAAGCAGGAGAUCGAUCGGCUGCGCAGUUUGCUGCUGGAGAAGCAGAAGAAGACAGACUCACCUCAGCCGUCUACCUGUGGAGACAAAUCUCCAUGUGAGCAGGAGGCGAGGCUCCAUCAGGAAACGGGCUGGAAUCCAGAGCUGCAGCACAUCAAGGAGGAAGCUCACGAGCUCUGGGCUGUCGAUCAGGAGGAGCACAAACAGGCAGGGAUAGAUUCGGAUGCUUUAAAUCACCUUCAUGUGUCUGUCGAGGAAGAGCGAGAGCAGGAAGAUACAAAACCGCCUGGGCAACAUUGGACUCAAAGCUCCGAACCAGAUGGGUUUCAGGAUGUCCAGGAACUUAAAGCCACAGAGGUCAAAACAACUUUUCUCUCAGCCCCAUCAUUCCAAGAUGAAGCUGCUGCCAUUUUCUCCACUGAGCAAACGCAGCUGGGUCAAUCUAGUUUUACCUUUUCUAAAGAAUCCACAGAUUCGUCCCGUUUGAACUCUCCUGGAGCCGACUACCAGUGCUCUCUGUGUUCAGAGUCCUUUCCCUCCAGUCACCUCCUGAUGAGCCACGCUUUCCAAACUCACUCCAGGGACGUCGGAGUCUUGUGCACCGUUUGCGGAGGAACCUUCGAGUCCGCAGAGAGUCUCGACGUGCACCUAAGAUCUCACGAGAAGUCAAAGUGCUGCCCCAUAUGUGGAAAGCUCUUCAAAAGUACAACCUCCCUGAGGGAGCACAUGGAGGCCCACGCGGGACUGAAGCUGCACCGCUGCCACGUCUGCGGCAAAGAGUGCAGACGCAAGGGGGAUCUGAGAAUCCACUUGAGGAUCCACACGGGCGAGAAACCCUUCUGCUGCUCGCUGUGCUGUAAGAGUUUCACCCACAGCGGGCAUCUGAAGAAGCACAUUAGAAGCCACACCGGAGAGAGACCGCACAGAUGCGGCGUCUGUGGGAGGAGCUUCCUGCAGAGCGCACACCUGAAAUCCCACCUGAGUACCCAUGCUCAGAAAAAGUGACCAGCUCAUAUUUUAUUCAUUUCACUUUAAAAAAAAAAUCAGACAUGAUGUUUAUAUUUUAUGCUGCUGUGUUUCUACAGAAAGUUGCUAAAAGAUGUAUUUUUAUUUACAGUUUGUUGGUUUUGAAAAAAAAUCCUCAAAAAACUCAUCGGAUCAAAAAACAUUUCAGUUUCACAAUUUAAUAGAGAACAAAAGAAAAGUUGGUUACAUAAUCACCUCCGGCCAUUAAUGGAAUGAAAAGUACUGAGAGAUAAACAAUAAAUACCUUAUUUUAUUAUAUUAUUAUUUAAAAAGAUACUGGAGGUGAUAGAAGAAAGGGCUAGAUGUAGAGUUGUUCUUAUUCUGAUACCAGUAUGGGAAAUGUUUCUGCAAUCCGUAUUGGAGUCCAGAAACCAAUCCAUUUCCAUGUUAUUUAAAAUAGGAAAUAAAAUAGAAAUCAUUUUUUUUUUUGGUUCAGUUCUGACACAGUUCUUCUUCUCUACUCUUAAUACCUUCAGACGGGUGAAGAGCCGAUCACCUGUCAGAGAUGGAGCUUGCUGCUACUUCUGCUGCUGCUGUGUUCUUUUUUUUUUUAUACUCUUGUAAUUUAAAAAUAAAUGGUAUCCGAACAUCUCUAGUUAG